AACUGUGUGCGGGGGCAAAUAACUAACCAUGGUUUGAUUGACUAAACUAACUUUACCAACGCAUAUAAAACCAUCCACCUGACUAGUUCCUUUUAGGAGUGACCGAGCAAAGGAUUUGAAGCUCUGGAGGGAGGGACUAACUGGGUUGUCUCCAAAGGUUGAAUGUAUCCUCCACUUAUUCCUCCUGCUGAUAUUGGUGAUUAUUGGUCUGAUGAAGGAAUCAUCAAGUCCUUGGAGGAGAUCAUAUGCGGAUCCCCUCUCCCAAACAACGUGCUUGCAGAUGUAAAUCCUUACCAGUACAUGCCCUCAGAUUUACCUGUUGGCAUUUGGUACUUUAUACGCUCUAAGGAGGAGAAAGAUGCGGAGUUUGGAUUCUGGAAGACCAAAGGGGAGGCCUAUGUGGUAUCCACAAAUUCUUCUAUUACUGGUUGGAGAACUACUUUUGAAUUCUAUGAAGGUCGUGCCCCUCAUGGACACAAAACUGAUUAUGUGAUGCAAGAAUACUGGAUAACUUGGAAGGAAGCAUGCGAGAGUAGCAAGCCAAAGGAAUCCCCUUCACUAUGCAGAGUCCUUCUUUGUGAUGGACGAAGUCCAAAGCAGGAAGCACGCGACAAGCCGGGGGGCGUAUAUAAUGCUGGCGGAAACCACUUCAAUUCAAUGCCAUCAGCUGUUCCAAAUGCCGAUAACCCCCCUGGACAAGGUCCUAUAAGCAAAUCCCAGAUUAAGAGUAGGGAUGGGAAAACAGGAUCAUUGACUGUGGCUGAGAGACUUCAAGAUCUUCCUCUAGAAAAUCUGGCUGAAGAUGAUUGCAUCUUAAGUGGCGACUAUUUGGAAUUGAAUGAUCUUGCUGAUCCAGUAUCACCUUCUUCCGGUUCAGAUAUUUCGAGUUGUCUGUCCUCAGAUGAACGUUUUGAUUCAUCAUCUCUUCAGCGACAGCUAGAGGAUGAAGUUAACCAAGAGUUGCAGGGGAGGAAAGCAAAAUUUCAGUUCAGUGCCCUUGAAUCUGUCCGACCAAACAAGAUGGUUAUGCACCCAACCACUUCAGGAUCACUAAGUAGUGGCAAAUGGAGCAAUUUACCAACUGAAGGAACCCCGAAAUCUGAUGGUGCAGCUUCUGAGGAGAUAUUCCUUGACGAAAGAGUCCCGAUACAUGCUGUCGAAAGCCGGAAGGCAGAAUCCUGGAGUGAAGGUACAUCAAAUUCCCAUAAAGAGGAAGCAUCAUCCAGUAACCCUAAAGCUGUUUUGAAAGCGAAAAGGCUUAAGAAGUACAUGCCAUUCUAGAUAUUCUUUACGGACGACGCUAGCUAUGUAACAUAUGUACUAGGAUCGAGCACUGCAAUUUAUGAUACUAAGUAGUCUUUGAGAUUCCACUUGAGUUUUCUCAGUGGCAUUGGCUUCUCUCCGAACUCUAGCACAUUAAUUAACUUAUUGUACCCUUUCUUGUGCUUGAAUAAAUGUAUAUAUAUGUAUGAAUGUUGAACUUGAAUUUCUUGGAAA